AUGGAUUCUGAAGACUGCACUGCCGGAAAUCCACAUGAUAACAAGAUGCAUGAUGACAAAAAAUCUUUUGAAUGCAAUAUCUGCCUGAAAAGGUUUACUAGAAAAUUCAAUUUGACUCAACAUCUUAUUGUCCAUACAGGCGAUAAAGUUUACGCUUGUGAUAUUUGUCUAAGGAAGUUUGCACAGAAAAGUCAUUUGACUAAACAUCUGAGACUACAUAGUGGGGAGAAACCAUUUGAAUGUGAGCAGUGCCCAAAAAAGUUUUCCGCUAAGGAAGAUUUAAACAAACACAUCAAAAUGCAUAGUAUCGAAAAAGAAUGUUAUAUAUGCAACAUUAAAUUCACCGACCCUAUAAAGUUAGCUGAUCAUAUCAGCAAGCACACUGGCGAGAAACGAUUUGAAUGUUCUAUUUGCCAAAAAAAAUUUUCAAAGAAGCGUUAUUUGACUAAUCAUCAAAAAUUGCACAGUGGUCAAAAACUAUUCGAAUGUAGUAUUUGCAACAAAAAAUUUAAUGUGAAUAAUAAUUUAGCUAGGCAUAUGAGAGUACAUACCGACAAACAUACUUGUGAACUUGAUAUUUGCCAACAAGAAUGUAUUGAGAGAGAUCCGAAGUACCACAUCAGAGUGCGAACUAGUAGAAAAACAUUUGAAUGUAAAAUAUGUAAUAAAAUAUUCCAUGACGGCAGUAAUUUAUCUAGACACCUUAUGGUCCACUCUGGUGAAAAGCGAUACAAAUGUGAGUUUUGCCACAAAAAGUUUUCAUCGAAACGUCAUUUGACAAAUCACCAUAGAGGACACACUGGUGAAAAACCUUUCGAAUGUAAUAUUUGUCAUAAAAAAUUCACUGCCAAUAAUAAUCUAACUAGACACAUUAUGGUGCAUACUGGAGAGAAACCCUUUGAAUGUGAUUUUUGUCAGGGAAGAUUCACAACUAAGAUAGAUCUGACAAGACACAUCAGAGUGCAUAGUGGUGAAAAACCUUUCAGAUGUGAUAUUUGUUUGAAACAAUUCAGAUUGAAAACACAAUUGACCAACCACAAGAAAUGUCACUCUAGUGAACAUGUUGAAAGAGAUCUAUGCUCGAAAACAAUCACAGUUAAGAGUGAGUCAAGCAAUCACCAUUGCGAAACGCAAACAGAAACUAGUUUUAUCGACGAGUUUGAUGAACCAGAGAUGAAAGUGAAGGUUGAAUCCUUCCAGGAUUCUUUAACGACAUCAGCUUUUGUACAUGUCCCCGUGAAAAGUGAACGUGAUAUCAAAGUUGAAUAUCAAGGAGAGCAAUCCGACUAUCCAGAAAAAAUUAUCAAGAUUGAGAAAGAAGUAACGGAUUGUUGA